AUUUGUCCUCUCAUUCUAGGCAUCUUUCGCUUGGGAAUCCAUUUGGGUGCGUGCGCGCUGGUGGUAUUGAUGCGGGUCAUUCCGUUCGCGAACUUUUGGGAAGGAGGCAUCUUUGUGGUAGGGUUGCUGUCGCUGGUCUGUCUCCCACUUGCGGUUUUCCUCGUCCGAGCCUACUGGAGGGAUGUUGACACAUUCCAGAAUCAGAUUAUGGACUUUACCUUGGACAACAGCCGAUGUGCUUGUUGUGAGACUGGACACCCUGACGGCAGGUUUUGCGACCGCCGGAUCCUCGAAGCUUGCAUUUCUGCCUGGUUCGGAUCUACUGCGCAUUUCGAGCAGUAUGUGCAGUCCGAAGUUGGAGAGCAUCUUUCCUUCCAGCUGCUCAACAACAUCUUGACAUAUAGCGUAAUAUUGCAAGCCACCUCGCCAGCUCUGUGGAGAGGUUUCGGGAAUCUUGCACGAGAGCCUCAAGAAAGAGUCCUGCCUGAACUUGCCAGGCACCUUGCACUUUGGCUCGCAGUACUGCCUUGCAUAUUAAAAUUGAUGAUGCAUCUGACGCAUAGGCUUCGAGCACGCUGCCGGAUGAUCUCUCUGGACAUCCUGCUGUCACUGGCAGUUGUGUUGUUGGGCCUUGCGCUUUUUGGUUCAGCUGUGGCCGUUGAGCGCUUUGUAUUUUAUCGACAGAUGCCGUACGAAAUUGCAAAGGGAAGCUGGCUGGCGUUUUCGAGCUUAACCACACUCCUUCUAUGUUGCUGCCUCCCAAAGAUUAAAUUGAUGCCAGCAAGAGAUGCACGGAAGGAUCAGAUUGUGACUUGA